UGGUCCUAAUAGGCAGGAUCACUUGCUAAAUGUUUCCAUAACCUCUUCUGUUUCCAUUGCACAGCUAGGGUAUUGUACCUUGUAUUCACUACAGUAUCUUCCAUCUAGGGGCCAUACUGUCCAGUGAAGAGGCUGUGCUGCUAGAUUUAAACAGAGUCUCAAGCUAUUGCUGUGAUUGAUCUUCCAUUAUCUGGCCUGAAAGACAUUCAGGGAAUGAAGAAGAGAUGGCAGAUUCUUGGGGCUCAGUGACCUAUGAAGAUGUAACUGUGAUAUUCACUCAAGAGGAGUGGGCACUUUUGAAUCCUUCAGAGAAGAAACUCUACAGAGAUGUGAUGUGUGAAAACUUCACAAACUUUCUUUCAAUAGUUUUAGAAAAGAUACAAGAACAUACCACCAAAGAGCAGCAUAACUUGCAUGAGAGUAAACAAAGUAAUACAAGAGUGAAAAUCUCUGAGGGCAAAGAAAUUCAGUAUGGUAGAAGAUAUCAAGAAUGUGAAGUAUACAACAAAUUAUUCACUUAUUCUAAUCAUCUUCAACAACAUGAAAGACUUCACAGUGUAGAGAAAACGUAUGCAUGUAAAGUAUGUAGUAAAACAUUCAGAGAAUCCCGUAAUCUUCGAAUACAUGAAAGAAUUCACAGUGGAGAGAAACCCUUUGAAUGUAAACUAUGUAGUAAAAUAUUCCCUUAUUCCAGUAGUCUUCAGAGACAUGAAAGAAUUCACAGUGGAGAAAAACCCUAUGAAUGUAAACAGUGUGGUAAAACAUUCGGGCAAUUCGGUAAUCUUCGGACACAUGAAAGACUUCACAGUGGAGAGAAGCCAUAUUCAUGUAAACUAUGUAGUAAAGCAUUCAGUUAUUCCAGUCAACUUCAGAGACAUGAAAGAACUCACAGUGGAGAGAAACCCUAUGAAUGUAAACUAUGUAGUAAAACCUUCAGUUCCUCCAGUUAUCUUCGGACACAUGAAAGAAUUCACAGUGGAGAGAAACCCUAUGACUGUAAACUAUGUAGUAAAACAUUCAGUUAUUCCAGUAGUCUCCGGAUACAUGAAAGAACUCACAGUGGAGAGAAACCCUAUAAAUGUAAAAUAUGCAGUAAAACAUUCAGUUAUUCCAGUCAACUCCGGAGACAUGAAAGAACUCACAGUGGAGAGAAAUUAGAUGAAUGUAAACAGUGUUGAAAACACUGUUAUUCUGGUCCUCUUUGUAGACAUGAAAGCAUUCACAAUGAAGCAAAACCCUGUGAAAGUAAUCUUUCAGAUAUUCCACUAAUUUUCAAACACAUGAAAAUAUUUGCAAUGGAAAUCAAACUUUUGAGCAUAAGUUGUGUACUAAGCAAUAGAGAUAUGCAAGCUAAGACAUGGUGCAGAGGCUAGCUGUUCAAGACAGAAGGGAGAGAUAAGGAGUAAGAAAGACCCCUACCACACUGCAUCACCACUCGCAGAGCUUUUCCCCCACAGGUGCGGACUAGGGUUUAAAACCUGGGUCCUCACUACAUUGUAACUUGUGCUUAAGCAGGUGUGCCACCACCGAUGCCCUGUUAGAAUCUCUUCAUAUAUUAAAGCCACUGGGUUCCAGAUGCUAUCAUGAUGCCAACCUGACUUCCCUGGACAGAUGACCCCAAUGUGUCCUGGAGCCCUGCUUUCCCAGAACUCUGCCCCACUAGGGAAAGAGAGACAGGCUGGAAGUAUGGGUCCACCUGUCAGUGCCCAUGUUCAGCGGGGAAGCAGUUACAGAAGCCAGACCUUCCACCUUCUGCAUCCCAUAAUGACCCUGGGUCCAUAACCCCAGAGGGAUGAAGAAUAGGAGAGCUAUCAAGGGAGGGGAUGGGAUACAGAGUUCUGGGGGUGGGCAUUGUGUGGAAUUGUAUCCCUCUUAUCCUAUGGUCUUGUCAGUAUUUCUACUUUAUAAAUAAAAAAAUGAGUUUCCUCAUUCUACUGAAGUUUCCUGGAACACACACAGAACUCUAAUCCCUGCUACUCAAACCACAUCGCUCAACUGACUGCAAUUUUCCCUGCCCACUUUCACAUAAUCCCUGACUUGAGUCUGGGAGACCCACCAUGCCUGGCUGC